AUGUUCAAAGCCCUGAUGGGCGGGGGCCGCUCGUCGUCCUCAUCCGAUGUUCGCAGCAGUUCCAAGAGCAGCCGGCGCAAGUCUGAAAAGCCCGAAAUAUCCGACACAAGAUCGAUCUCAAGUCGCAAGUCCUCACGGGGUGACGACCGUGACCGUGGCCUGGGUGAUUUGUCGUCUUAUUCGCCGUCUGCUUCUCGCAGUAAGCGUGGCCCACCUAGCAUUGCCGGCGACUCCGUCGCAUCAACCUAUGUGACCGCCGAGCCAGAAGCGAUUGAAGACUCCGACCGCUACUAUAUUGAACGCACACCAAAACGCAGGGACAGUGAACGAGAAAGUAAGAGUUCUCGUCGGCGCGACCAGGACCGACCCGAAAGUCCAGAGAGAAGGAGCCGCCGAGGGACACAGGAUACUCUGGACGAUGACUUGGAUCGGGAGAGCGACCGUCGCGAGCGUCGUCGCACCCAGUCCGGGGAUCCGUAUGUGCCGCCCCCGAUCUCCACAAACAUGCCGUCUAGCACCCCCGGCGCGCAGUUUGCCGCCGAGAUUGGCGCCCCGGGAUUCUCGCAAUUCCCCAUGCAAUACGACGCUGGGAUGCCAUCUGCAGGCCAUUCGCCAGCGCAUGGAGUUCCAUAUGACGCGCACGUGCAGCAACAAUUCCCGGGCCAGUUCCCAGAGCAAGUUGCUGCACCGUACCGGCCGCCCAACCCCGCCGGCGCUGCGGCAGACUAUUAUGGUGACCAAGGCCAGUCUGUUGAGCAUCAGCCAGGUGUUCGACCGGCUCGCCCAAGUGUGCUUCCUAACACCCAAGCACACUUAAUGGCAGCAUCUCCAUCGGCUAACCCACCACCAGAGCCUAGUAGCCUUGGCGCGACUGGUGCGGCGGCGGCCUAUUUCGACGAUGAUUUCCAUGCCCCGACACAACAAGACCAGCCGCCGGCAGUGUCUUCAUCGCAACCCCCAAAACCGUCUAAGCCUUCGAAACCUUCUUCAUCGGGCGUCCUUCCCGCUGCCGCUGUUGGAGCUGCCGCUUAUGGCAUUGGUGGUAUGAUGUCUCACUCUGAGUCGCAUUCCCCUCCGCAGCACACAACUUCGUAUACCCAGCAGGGCCAGCCAGUGGUACACGGCCAGCCGACGGUACUUAACCAGCCAACGGAGUACGAUCAGCCGAUGGCAAGCAGCAGCCACAAACCUCCCACCAAGCCGUCCCAUUCUCAUAGCUUCAGUGAAGGUGUCGGUAUUGCGGCUGCAGGUGCUGCAACGGGAUACAUGAUGGGUCAUCACCAUCACUCCCCCAGCCCCGAACACGCACCGCAAUACGCUUUCCAGCACCACGAGCAGUCUUCUCAGGUUGGUGGUAUGCUACCGUAUGCCCCUGGCCAUAAUAAUGCUCUGUAUGUUGCAGGCGCGGGAGGAUAUGCUGCUCAUGCUGCGCACAACCCAGGCUUCUAUCCUCAUGGACCCAGCGCGCUAGUUUUCCAAGAGCGUCAGCGUGGUGCCAUGGAAAGAUUCGUUGAUUUCUGGCGUGACCCUGAGGCCGUUGGAAGAUUCGAGGACUACACGGAAACCAUCGGCGUGUGCAAAUACUGUUUCCAACCUGGCACAAGCUCUGUCGAUGCUCCUCGCAAGCACCAUUAUCACCGCCGCCGCCGACACUCUCCCGAUCGGCGGAGCAGUGGUAGCUCCAGAGUCAGCAAAAUCAGCCGAUACAACUCCUCCGAGGAUGAGAGUCGUCGACGGCCAAAGUCCAAGAAAUCUUCCUCGUGGCUGCCUGGCAUGCUAGCCGGUUAUGCGGCCAAGUCGCUCUUCUCAAGUAAGGAGUUUGACGAUUCUUACAGCCUUCGCUCCGGCCGAGUCGCGUCCUCCCAUGGGGAAGAAGACGACCGAAGGAGCUAUACUUCUCGUGGUGUGAUCCGUCGUACUGGCCGCAGUCCCCACAGAGACCACCACGCAGACUCCAAGUAUGCAUCUCAAUCUGGAUAUUCUCGGCGCACACGCUCACGAUCGCGGUCUUCCUCUCGAUCGGGCCGGCAUUCGUACCUGAAGGAGGCCGCACUCGGUGCCGCAGUGGGUGGGGCUGCGCUGGCUGUUGCAAAGUCACGUAACCGCUCCCGCAGUAGUUCUCCUGGAAGAGGACAUCACCGAAAGGAUUCAUCCUCAUCAUCCUCCUUCGACAAUCUUCCCAAGCCUGGCAAGAAGUCCAUCGCUGGCGGUAUCGGGUCUUUCUUCACUGCUUCUUCCGAGAACAAGAAGAAACGUCAUACCAAGAAGCGAAGCGGUUUCUUCUCUUUCAAGACUGGGUCUUCAUCCUCUUCAUUGGACAAUGAUCUUGCCUUCGGAGAUGGGUUUUCGAGGAAGUCCUCCAAGCUCAAGAAGAAGAGUAAGAAGGGUAAAGAUGUCGAUGCAGCGUUGCUUGAGCUUAGCGACACGGCAACCCGUUUGGCUGGCUCCUCACCCCACGGUCACGGGCGCAGUGCAGGCCAGAUGUACAAAGCUCGAUCUCGAAAGUCUAACUACGCCCAAUCUACGACGAAUGAUGAAGAAUGGGUCGACGCCGAGUCGGAGGACCAGUCUUCUUCCAGUGUUAGCUCUGCGCUGGCGUUUGGAGGAAGCGCUGACUCCUCCGACUCCGCUAGCAGCAAAUGGGGCUGGAGAUGGGGAAGCAAGAAGGAUAAGAAGAAGAAGGACAAGCGGUCGAGUGCUACAAAUGCCGCUCUGGUAGCUGGCGCUGGCGCUAUUGGAGCCGCUGCAAUUUCUUCUGCUCGUCACCGGGAUAGCGACCCCCCAAGUAGGUCUGGGAGCCUGCAACACGUUUACCCAAUGCCUACUUCCGACCCCUCUCGUUUUGAUGUUGCGAAGAUGUCCCCGGCGGUAUCUGCCGGGGAACCAACUCUCAUCCGCCCGGGACCCAUUCCCCUUCAGCAGCCUCAGCCUUUCACCCCCGUCUCCCAAUCAGUAUACACUACCCAGGGAGCUGUUCCGGGAUCGAUUCCCGUAUAUAGCGCCCCGGCCGUCCCACCCCUCUUCGCCAAUGGCGUUGAACACUUCGACUCGCAGUUGCAAGGCCCUCGUGGUGCUGCAUGGGCACCAGCAGAAUCAACAUACACCGAGCGCCGGAAAGCUCCUCGACGCAGUGAUUCCUCUCCUGUUUUCCCCACCCAGGAAACUGCUUCCAGUCUCAAGCGUCGGUCCACCGCUAAAGAUCAAGCCUCCGUGCAAUUCAACUUGACGGAAGAGCAAGCAGAGAGGGAACGCCACCUUACUCGUCGUGACAAGAACUACCGGGAUGAAUUUGCCGAUCGACCAGUUCAACUGAUUGAUCGAGAAGGAGAGCUGGCCCGCCAAGAACCUGAGCGCCGAGAGAGCCGCCGAAAGGAGCGCGAUGAUGAGGAGCGCCGGUAUGCCGGCGACAGAGGAAAGGACUCCUCGUCCUGGGUUGGUGCAGCAGCUGCUGGAGCUGUUGGCGCUGCCGCUGCGAGCACCAUUCUCUCUCGCAAGACAGACGAUGACGAGGCCUCUGAAGCCAGCCAGCGAUACAAUGAACGCCGAGAGAAACGUCGCGCCGAGCGAAAACAUGAUACCGAUGCAGUGGCGCAUACUUCGAUCGUGUCGCGAUCCGAGCCCACUCAGCCUAUUGAUGAAGAAGUGACCACGGCGGAACACCGCGAAGACCAGAAGAAAGGGUCUCCUCGAUCUCCCCGUCCACCACAGGUUUACGACGAUUACGCAGAAUUUUAUGCCCCUGAGGAGAUACGACACAGCCCAGAUGAGCAUGCUCGCAGCCGCGGCUCCACUAAUGUGCCAACCAUUGUGGAGGUAGAGCCCGCUAGCGAACGACGUACACACGAGGAGCCUGCACCUACAGAGGUAGACUAUUCAUAUGAACCCUAUCAACAUGUGGAUCGCCUCCCGUGGCCAGUCCCCGGGCUCAACUUCAUUGAGCCAACUCCUCCUCAGAGCGUGAACGGUGGUUCUGUUCGCGACGCUACCUCCCCAACUGCCCCUGUAAAUAAAUCUUAUGAUACCAAGCCUCGCGAACGACCGACCGGCUCCCGUGUCUCCUGGGGCGAACAUGAAACUCACGAAUACGAGAUCCCCUCUUCUUCUGAACAGGAUCCUCUUGAGCAUGAUAUUUCCCCUACCGAAAUUUCCGCCAAGGAUGUUCCUCUCCCGGCGUCCGAAAUAUCACAAUCCAAGGAUAUCCCCGGCGCAUCGGGGUAUGGUGCCGACAUUGAAUUCGCGGCCACAAUUGCUGCCGCGACCGCUGCAGCUGGGUUCGAUCCCUCCCUGGUCACAGACGACCCAUCCUACCACACCCGCACUUCCCCUCCUGGGUCGGAGGACGAGCACACAUUUACCUCACCCUGGUCCGCAUCAGCUCGGAAAGAGCCCCGCGGCUUCGUCGAGGGCGAGCUCGAAGAAAUUGAUCCCAAGUCUACUAAGGGUAUCACUUCCACUCCUGGGAGCGUGGUCCAGGACAAGGAUGAGCUAUUCUUCGACGAGCCGGAAUCCUUCUCAAGAGAUCGGGAUGGACGCCGCGACAAGUCCUCGAUUGCCCAGGAGGUCAUCGAACAGCUGAAUGGCAAAUAUGGCAAGCGCGACCGUACCGCUUCCCCUGAAGAAGACCUAGAUGUCUUCUCGAUGCCUGGUGGCUUUGACACAGCUGAACCUAGGGACUUGGUUGAUAGUAGAUCCGCCGUCUCGGCGCCGGCGCCGGUUGCUAUGGACCCAGAGACCCCCACCAAGUCCGAGUCGAAGAAGUCGAGGCGGAGUGGCGAUGUCUUCGAUCUCCCCGAGUUCCAAGAACGAGAACUCGCUGAGUCUUCUGUCUUGAAGGAUGAGACAUCGAAGUCCCGCAAGUCCCGGCGCAGCGGCGAGGACUUCGAGAUUUACGACUCACGGGAGGUGUCUCCAUCUCAGGAUAACUCUUAUUCUGUUGUCUCCGCUCCUGUCUCGAAGGACGAAACAUCCAAGUCUAAGUCCAGGAAAUCCAGGAGGAGUGGUGAUGACUUCGGCGUUGCUGAAUACCCGGAGUCAGCGGUUGCCACGUCUCGUGACGAUUCUUUCUCUGUUAUCUCUGCCCCUGUUUCGAAGGACGAGACAUCCAAGUCUAAGUCCCGCAAAUCUCGACGGAGCGGCGAUGACUUCGAGAUCUACGAGUCACGCGAGCCAUCUGAAUCUCGGGAUGACACCCGCUCGGUUAGCUCUACUCCUGCCAGCAAAGAGUACGAGUCAUCGAAGUCCGGGAGAUCCAGACGCAGUGGAGAUGAUUUCGAUCUGCGUCGCGAUGCUGAAGCCGCCCCUGACGACGCGGAAGGUGGCGAGGAGAAGAAGAGACGUCGCAAGCGUCGAUCUAAGCACGAAACUGACACCUUCUCUGUUGAUGACGAUGCUCGCUCCGCGAUUACGGACAUUAGAGAUGACAAUUCUGAGCGUCGCAAGCAUCGCCACCGCUCAUCCCGGGAAACCGGCUUUGAUGACAACGCCUCGAUAAUCUCUUCUCCAGCUCGGAUUGAUGAAUCCCGGGAGAAGCACCGAGGCAAGGACGAAAAGGAGAAGAGCGGUGGCUUUUUGCGAGGUAUCUUUGGCUCACAAGUGUCGGCCCCAACCGGGCGCGUGCGGUCUGACCAUUCUCGCUCUUCCUCGUUGGAUAAGCGCUCAUCCCGCGAAGCCAUAUCUGAAGUUGGUUUGGAUGACGAACGCCGACGCCAUAAGAAGCGUUCUUCAAAGCACCGCAGCUCCAGCAAUGGGGAUGAGUUGGACCGCUACAUGUCGGACAGGGAGAGGGGCACUCAAGAUGACACGAACCUGGAGGAGUACAGGUCCAGUAGACAGCAAAAGGAAGAGCGGCGUCGUCAUCGGUACGAGGAAAUCGUGGAUUCAGGAAGGAGACGGGAAUCUGAGAAGGACGGAUAUAGUGACAACUUCGACGAUCAAUCUUUUUUAAGGAAGCGCCCUGAAAUUCUAGCAGCGGAUGAGCGCGAAGACUAUGGUGCUUCGUGGUUUCCAGCAUCAGCCGAUAGCGCAGCUAUUGUCGCUGCAGCAUGGGGACUGAAUGAAAUUCCGCAGCAGAGGCCCCGGAGCCAAUCCACCUCUCCUCCGGCCACAGAGAGGACACUCGACCUGACCCCAAAGUCUCUGAGCCGCCCCGCUUCACCUGAAACAAGCUACCCUCAGGGGUCCCGAUCCCCCAAGCAACGCCGACACUCCGUGGCCAAGUCCACCACUGAAUCACCCACAGCUGUGCCUCUCCACUUCCGUCGGCCCCCAACUUCCCCAGGCCUCUCGCGCGCAGUCCCUGUUGAACAAGCCGCCCCCAUCGCCUCCCCAGGUUCACCAAGCCAGCAGCGCAACCGCCGGCCCGGGUCAGUCGAGUUCCGAAACUCGCGUGAGAUUCGCCCUCUAUGGCUCGUCGAGCGCCACAGUUUGAUCAAGGGUGAGCCCGAGAUCGAGGAGCCAUUGCCAUCGCUCCCAUCCAGCAAGACCUCCUCCCGGGUCCCGUCAAUCGAGGAUCUAAAAUCCCUCCGCGACGACGAGGGCCUCAAGAGCUGGGAGCAUGUGGAUCUGAGUCACUCAAUCACAGGGAACCAGCGACCGACCGGUCUGACAAUUUCAACUGAUCAAGCGAACGAAAGCCAUGAUAGAGAUCUCGAGCUCCUCGGCUCGCAGCAGGCCACGCCUACCGCUGAACACUUCCAGGAUGCAGAGUCCAGGAAGGAGAGGCCAAGAUACGAAUUCCACUCUCCGUCUGAGCUCCUGCGGGACCCCACUGCUUUGGACGAGCUGCCUCCUUCACCUACGCUGGACGCCCUGCCUUCUGCAGAGGGCUCCCUCGUUGGCGUCGGUUCUAGGGAGCAAGAAACGCAGCGUGCACUUGACGCUCUCGAAGGUGUGUCCCGGCCUCAGCCUGAUCCGGAAGCUCCAACGCAAGAGAACAUGUUCUUCAGCGGCACUGCGGACUUCGCCAAGGGGGUUGGUUUCGCUGGUGUCGUCGAUGCCGCUGCCAUUGCCGCUGCCAGGGAGCAUGAUCAGUCUCGCUCGCCUGCAGAUGAACAAGCCAAGGCCCAUGGCUUCAGCGAUGUUGUCGAUGCAGCGGUUGCCGCUGAUGGUCUCUCGCGCGACCAUGACAAGGCACCCCUCUAUGAGGAGGCGCUCAGUGAGCCCGUUACUGCCACCGAGGAGACUGCUCCCGCUGCGCUUGAGCCUGCGCACCCAGAGAUGGACGCAGCUAGGCGAUUUGUUCCUGAAUCGACUGAACAGCCUGUUCUCUCUUCUGAUCUUCAGGCUCAACCUGAGACAGAAGUCGUUCCCGAUGAGAGCGCUACCAAACCUUCUAAAAAGAAGAACAAGAAGAAGGGCAAGAAGAACCAGGCCCAAGAUGCGGAUCAGGGAGCCCUCGAGGAACCGCUCGCGCAGGAAGAUUCGUCCAAGGAGUCAGUGCAACACCCUACUGUGGGCACGCCUAUGGUUGAAGUUGUUUCUGCUGAGCCCGAGGUCGCUGUUCCCGAGCAAUCUGAGUCGGUUGAGGCAUCCCGUGAGCUUGGACCCGAGAUUGAGGUUGAUGAGCCUGUGGUCAAAUCUGCUCCUGUCGAGUCGGCACCUAUCGAGAGCGCUCCUGUUGAACCCGAGGCUGCUAUUCCCGAGCAACCUGAGGCUGAGCCUAUCGAGGCCUCCCGUGAGGUUGAGACUAAGCCUUUGGUUGAAGCAGUUCAAGAACCAGAAGUUGUCACCGCCCCCGAGCCCGAGCCUAUUCAGGCACUGCCUGCCGCAACCGAACAAGCUGAGGAUACUGCAUCAUCGACUACAAAGGCUAAGCGCGGCAAGAAGAAACUGAAGAAGAAAUCUAAAAACGCAUCGACUUCUGAAGAGCCUGAAGAUGAUACGGCCGUUGCUCAGCAUCAGGAUGAUACUUCGGCCUCCAAGGAGACUAAAGGACAACAAGAAGACAACGCGCCUGCGCCUGCCGACGAGAUUGUGGGUAGGCUGUUGCCGGGGGAUAUUGCUAUUUCUACGGAAUCCACCGAGAACACCUCUGACCAGACUGCGAUCUCAUCUGCUGCCACCGAUGCAGAGCAAGCUCAAAGCCAGCCUGAAUCCGGUGAGCUGGUUGAACCUGUGGAACAGGUAUCUACUGAGGAAUCAGUUCUACCUGUUUCCGAAGAUCCCAGCCUCCCCAUUGGGCAACAGCAGACCACGGAGCCUGAUUUCACCGAUGCCAGUGAAACACCAAUUACCGGUGCCACUCACACAGAAGCGGAGGAAGUAUCCCGCACCCUGGAAGAGAUUCAGAAGCCAACUGAAGACUCUACCCCAGAGGUCUCUCCUGAUGACACCACGCCUGAAAUUACUGAAACACCAAAAGAAGAAACCGAAGGUGAAGACAACUUCGAGGAGGCUGUCGAAGAACAGAUUCCACAGCCCGCCGAAGAAAAGGAGCCUACACCAAAGCCUCCCAUUGAAGUGGCUACAGAUGCCCCCGCAGAGGCGUCGGAAACAAAGGCGGAGAAGCGGAAAAACAAGAAAAAGAAGAAUCGCAAAUCCGCUGCUGUCGAAGAAACUGAGAUUUCCGCUGAAACGCCCGCUCCCGACACUGAAUUGCAUCCAGAAAGCAAAGAGCUGGAACCUGAGCAAUCAGCCAUUGUCGAACCUGCGGAUACCCAAUCCCCUCCAAUUGGCGGUGAAGCCUUACUUUCUGAUCCUGAACAUGUUGAACAGCGUUCCAAGGAUGUUGAGCAGCCCUUCGAAACCGCCAUCGCGGCGCUCGCAAUUACCCAGGAGCAGGAGCAAAUUCCAUUGGAGGCUGCUGGGGACGCAACACCUGCUAUGACCGAGCCAGUGGAUCCCGCGGGGCCAUCCGAUGAACUGUCACAGCCAGCUGGCAUCGAGGCCCAGCCUGACGCUGAACUCCCUGCUGAGCAGGCUUCUCGCGAAAUUUCAGAGCCUUCUGCCGUUGAGUCUCAACAUGAAGCUGAAUUUCAAGCGGAACCUCAACUUGAAGUUGCAGCCGAGCCUGAAGUCGCCUUGACUGCGGCCCAGAAGAAGAAGGCUAAGAAAAAUAAGAAGAAGGGCAAACAGAGUGAAUCUUCCAUUCCUGACGAGAAGCCUGCUGAGUCUACCUCGCCGGCACCUGAACUUGAGUCUGCCGCUGAGGAGAUACCCAAGGAAACCCUUCUUGCCACCGAAGACGCACCGGUGGAUGCGCCUCCUCAAGAAAGCGAGAUGGAGCUGCCUGUCAACGUCGAACAAUCGCUUGAGCCUGAGCAACUCCCUAAGCCUGGGCAAAUUUCAGAGGUUUUGCCGGCCCAGGAAGAAGCUUCUUCUGAGCCUCUUCCGGAACCAACGGCAGAGGUAGCAGAGGCAGAGGCACCCAAAGAAGAGUCCAUCGCACCGGAGGAGGAGCCCAAAGCAGAAGAAUCUCCUGCCGAACCAGAGGUCACUAUGACCGCCGCGGAGAGGAAGAAGGCCAAAAAAAUGAAAAAGAAGCAGCAAAAGCAAGAGGAAGAAAGCAUUGGCUCCAUUUCUGAAGAUAUCAAGCCCGUCGAGACUGUGCCUGUGCCCGAUGCCGAAUCCGCCGAGCCAAGCAAGGAUAUUACGCCUCCCACGGAAAUUGAUAAUGUUGCUCUAGCGGACUUCUCUGCGCCGGUGUCUUCCGAACCUGGUGAGACUGAACAGGAUGUUGCGCCUACGUCUACAAACGAGCCGGAAUCAGCCCCAGUCACUGAAGAUACUCUUCUGCCAACCGAUACUCAGACUAUCGAGCCAAACAAAGACAUCGAGCCUCCCGCUGAGGCUGAGCUCCCGGUAGAAAAUGCUGCCCCAUCAUCCGAAAUCGAGAUAACCGAAGUUAUCGCCGAUGCUCCACUUGUCUCGGAAGAAGCCACCGCUUCUAGCGAUAGGCCUCAAGACCUUAACAAACAGGACGAUGUGGUUAAGGCGGAGGAGUCGAAGAGCGAGGAUGUGACUCCAGCGCCCACAGAAGAGGCCUUGGCUGAUGCUUCAGAGACCGAUGCCUCCAAAGCACAAGAACAGUCUCCCGAACCCGAGGUUCCAAUGACCGCUGCUGAGAGGAAGAAGGCGAAGAAAAACAAGAAGAAGCAGCAAAAGCAAGAGUCUGCACAGCUUGAUGAGCGGCCCACGCGUGAGGCAGAGCCUACUUCUACCGAGGAAAAGAAUGCUGAACAAUCUGGUGACAUUUUGCCUAAGGGUGAGCCCACAGCACCCAAGACAGAGCGUGACGUGGAAGCAGAGACCAGACCUGAAAAGGAACAAGCUCAGGAUAUGCCAAUUCUCGACGCCGAACAUGCUCUCGAGGCACCGGCAGAGGAGGCCAUUCCUACGCUGAAGAUUGCUGCACAAGGUCUUGAUGUUCAAGGUGAGGACAAAGAAACCGCCCCGGAGCCUACAGCUGAAGUUCCUGCUUCCACGGAAGGCCUCCAGGAAGAACAAAGGCUUGAUUCAGCCGUCAGCGAGGAGCCCGCUUUAGACAAGUGUCUCGGUGACAAGCCCACAGAGUCCGCAGCAGAGCCAGUUGUGGAGGAGACACAGCCAACGGAGUCCACAGCAAGUCCAGUGGAGCAGGAUGAAGAUGAACAGGCCGCAACCUCUUCCAAGUCGAAGAAAAAGAAGAAUAAGAAGAAGCGCCAAUCAGCUGCCGCUGAAGAGGAGCAGCUUGCACCGGCCGAGGAAGAAGUUAAGCUUGCACCUACCGAACAGGAGCCGACACCUGUGCCUGCUGAAAAUGAACCCACCGAACCCGCGCCAUCUCAAGGGCUUGAACAGCUUUCUCCCGAUAAAGAUGCGGAUACUCCUAUGGUGACAGAAGAGGCGCCGAAGGCUGAAGAGCCCGUCACGGAAGAGACCACACAGCCAAAGGCCACUGCCGAUACAGCCGAUAAAGCCGCCACCGAGGCCGCUGAAGAGGCAUUAAUGACUCCUGCUCAGAAACGGAAGGCUAAGAAAGAUAAGAAAAAGCGCCAAUCAGUUGCCGUUGAAGAGGAGCAGCCUACAACUGCUGAGUCCAAGGCCGUCCCUGUCGAGGAAGAGGUCAAGCCUGCACUUGCCGAAGAUGAACCUACACCUGUGCCGGCUGAGGGCAAACCCGCCGAAACCACGCCAUCUCAAGAACUUGAAGAACCCUCUCCUGAUAAAGAUGCGGAAAUUCCCAUUGUGGCGCAAGAGGCGCCCAAGGCCGAAGAAACCACGCAGCCAGAGGCCCCUGCCGAUGCAGCUACCACCGAAGCUGCUGAAGAGGCACCAAUGACUCCUGCUCAAAAGAGGAAGGCCAAGAAAGAUAAGAAAAAGCUCCAAUCAGUUGUUGCCGAAGAGGAACAGUCUGUGCCUGUUGAGGAGCCUGUGCCUGUUGAGGAGCCCAAGCCUGAACUAGCCGAGGAAAAGGUCACACCUACACCAGCCGAAGAGGAUCCCACGCCUGAAUCCGUUCAGCAAGAGCUUGCUGAGCCUAUGCCGACCCAGGAAAUCGAACAGCCCACUGUCGAAAAAGACGUGGAGACUAUUAUGACAGAUGAGGCGCCCAAGGCCGAAGAGACCACGCAGCCAGAAGCCCCUGCCGAUGUAGCUGUCACCGAAGCUGCUGAAGAGGCAUCAAUGACUACUGCUCAGAAGAGGAAGGCCAAGAAAGACAAGAAAAAGCGCCAAUCAGUGAUCGCUGAAGAGGAACAACCUACGGCUGUUGAGGAGCCCAAGCCUGAAUCCGCCCAGGAAGAGCCCACUAAGGCUGAGUCGACCCAGGAGACCGAACAUCCGACUGUGGACAAGGAUGCGCAGACUCCUUUCAUGACAGAGGAAGCACCUAAGGCCGAAGAACCGUCUCCGGAAGAGGCCACGCAGCCAGAAGGCCCUGCUGAUACAGCCGCUGCCGAGGCCGCGGCUGAGACCGCUGCGGAGGAGGCAAUGACUCCUGCCCAGAAAAAGAAGGCCAAGAAAGACAAGAAAAAGCGUCAAUCAGUUGUCACCGAAGAGGAACAACCUACGGCUGUUGAGGAGCCCAAGCCUGAAUCCGCUCAGGAAGAGCCCACAGAGCCUGAGUCUACCCAGGAAGUCGAACAGUCCACUGUCGACAGAGAUGCGCAGGCUCCUAUCAUAACAGAAGAAGAAGCACCCAAGGCGGAAGAACGCUCUCUCGAAGAGGUCACCCAGCAGGAUGCCCCUGCUGAUGCAGCUGCUACCGAGGCCGCUGCAGAGGAGGCAAUGACACCCGCCCAGAAAAAGAAGGCCAAGAAAGACAAGAAAAAGCAACGCAAGUCUGUUGCUUUUGACGACGAUGCCGCCCUGACUGAAGAGCCCAAGCCAGAGCAAGAUUUAUCUGCACCUGAAGAUAAGGUUGAAUCUCGGGAUGCUCUGGCUGACUUGGUUAGAUCGGAGGAAUCAGCCAAGGAGUUGCCAGUGACUGAAGAAGCCGCUGAACCUGCUACUGAAGGGGAAGUCUUGGAGAAGAUAGAAGAGCCGGCUAUCUCUGAAGAAAGCAAGGAGAUUACGGAGCAUGAGCCAACCUCAACUGAUGCACCUGAUACCCCCAUUCCUGCUGAAGUCAAGCAGCCAGAGUCCGCAGUGGAUUUGCCAGAGCAGCCGAAACAAGAUGCUCAGACUUCCCCAGAGUCGCCGAGCGCACAAGAGCCCGAAGUUGCCUUGACUGCGGCACAGAGGAAGAAGGCGAAGAAAAAUAAGAAGAAGGGCAAGUCUGUGGGCUUAGCCGACAACGCCCCUGCGACCACAGACGCAGUGCAGGAAUCUGAACAUAAAUCUGAGCCUAUUGUUCAAGCUUCCACCGAUGCUCCAGCUGAGACCCCGGGGUUGCAAAGUACUCCAGCCUCUGAGCUAGCGCAGCCCGCAGAAGACCUCGAGCAAGAAAAUACCAUCGAGCCCGAGCCUCCCAAGGCCGAGGAACUAGAGACAACAGAAGCCGUAUCCGCCGAUGUGCUGAAAGAAGGAACCCCUGACGCCAAGGAGACCGACAACGAACCUCCGGCGACUGAAGCGAUUCUCGAUGCCGAGCCAACUCCCCCCCAGGAAGCAGGGGCGAUUGCCCCUUCUCCUGUCGAGCCGACCGAAGAGGCUGGCAUGUCAGCCAAGGAGCGACGCAAAGCUGCCAAGAAAGCGAAGAAACGCCAGUCUAAGAAUGCCGACGCCGAUAACGACGCCGCAACAUCCGAUUCGCCUUCUGCCCCGGGAACCGAGCCUGCCACACCCAUUGAAGCGGCCGACAGCGUUGAAAAGGUCCUGACUUGUACGGACACAGACGCCCCUGGACUUUCAGUCGUACCGGCGUCCUCGCCUGCAGAACAUGACGGUAAAGAAUAUCAGUCCCACGGCAUAGAAACUUACGACGCCACGGCGCAAGAUACGACCUCGACUGAUAAAUACAUGUCUUCGCAGGUAGAGCAGACGCCGAUAGAGAGUCCUUUUUUAGAUUAUCCUCCCCAGCCCGUGCUUGAGCGUUCAGUUUAUUCCGGCGAGUUGGUGGAGGCAAAUGCUCAGCAGGAGGGUGAUCGUGCCCCUACUGCACCGGAGCGAGAAGGGGAGUUGGUUGAGCCUGAACCCCUUGAGGAAAUGAAGCCAGUUGGUGAUCAUGAGAAUAUUGAAGAGAAAUCGUCUGUGCCGGAAGCAGGCGACCUCUCCGCGGAGAAAGAGAUUGAAGGGACGCCUGUGGAUGUGCCAAUUGAUGUUGUUCCUGGGGCACAGAUACAAGAAUCUCUUGUGGAGGAAAAAGCUUCUGAGACGGCUGUUUCGAAAAAGCAGAAGAAGAAAAACAAAAACAAAAAUAAAAAACAAGAGGAGGACGCUGCAGCAACUGAGUCUGUGAGCUCUACUACAGAGGACAAGGAGCAGCCGGAAGCUGCGCCUUCGGUCGAGGCCGAGCUCCAGCCGGAGGCAAAGGAAAUCAUUGAGCCUGAGCCCAUUGCUGAGGCCGAACGAGUGCCAGUUCCGGAGGAGCAACCGGCAGACCACCUGCAGGACAUUGAAGAGAGUGCCGCUGUCCAGACAACCAAGGACGUUGAUGAUAGCAAUCAGAUCAGUGUCCCAGAAGCCGAGGCCGCUGCUCCUCCUACCGAAGAGAUCACGCAGCCAGACGCCCCUGCCGAUGCAGCUGCCACUGAGGCCACUGAAGAUGCAUCAAUGACCCCUGCUCAGAAGCGGAAGGCCAAGAAGGACAAGAAGAAGCAACGACAAUCAAUUAUUGCUCAAGAACCCGAAGCUGAGCCCCAUUCUCAGGAACAGGCAACACCCGAGGUGGCUGAGACUUCUGCCCAACAGGCUGAGAUUGGAACGGAGUUAGCCCCCGCCGAAAUUGUCAUGCAAGAUGACGCUGUUACUAGCGCCGAGGAGUCCACGGUGAAGCCUAUUGAUGCCACCCAGGAGGCCGCCAAGGAUCUUGUAACGCCCUUUGAAGACACUGAACAACAUGUUCCAAGUCAAGAACUUGAAGGCGGAGAGGGUCUUCUUGGACUUCUUUCAACUGAAGCGAAGAUUGAGGAAGGAGACAAGCCGGCUGAGGAAGCUGCCAAAACCCCGGCGGAGAUCCCAGAUGACGAGCAAGCUCGCGAACAAGCGCCGCCUGAAGCCGGCCCUGAGCCCGAAGUGGAAUCGGCGACUAUUACCAAAAAGAUGAGCAAGAAAGAGAAAAAGAAGGCCGCCGCUCUUCUCGAGAAAGAAAAACUCGUCGAGUCACAACCUGAACCUGGGGAGGUCCCGACCAUCACUCCCCAAGCUCUAGAGGAAAUGGUUGAACAACUUACGGUUCGAGAGCCGCAACCUUCGGAGACUGAAGUCAAGCCUCGGCCUGAGGCAGAAUUGCCACCUUCAGAGUUGAAAGAAGAUGCCCCGGAGCAGCCUGUCGAGGCUCUCCAUUCUACCGAGCCUCUCGAAUCCGAGGUCAAACCGGAGGAAUCUACAAAAGAGCUAGCCGAAGAGCCAGCUGCGGCCGAUACUAUAACUCGGAAAGUGUCAAAGAAGGACAAGAAAAAGGCCAAAAAGCAAGCCCAACAAGAAGUAAUUCAGCCGGCUUCCCCUCCGAACGAGGAUCAUGCUCCUACCACCGAGCCUGCAACUGCAGAGGCUGUUCUCGAACCGGAGACCACUAUUGAGGUCCCAACUGAACUUGUUCCUACCACCCAGCCCGCAACUACGGAGGCUGCCAUCGAACCGGCAGCGACUGUUGAAGAGACCCCAACCGAGACUGUUCCUGAGGCUGAGUCGAUUGCCCCGGAAGAAUCCCAAGAGGCUCCCAAGCCCGAGCCUGAAAGCAUCGAAAACCCGGCUCUUGAGGGUUUUUGCACCGUAUCGGAAGGCAAACAACCUCCAGAAAGCGAGAAAAAUGAAGCAGUCGUUUCUCUGGACACACUCGAUACGCCCUCGCCCGAGGAAUCCACUGACCAAGAUACCAACAAUGAGCCCCUUGACCUCGAGAGUCCUACAGAGAAGAACGACAAAGAAGAUAAAGCUCGUGUUGUGGCCGAUUCACGGGAUCUUCAGAACGCAACUGAUCUCGAGGUCGUCAAGGGCCUCGCUGAGGAUCAACCUAGAAAACCUGAAGUGAUGCCGGCUCUAUCCAAGAAGAUGUUAAAGAAGGACAAGCGCAAGGCCAAGAAGAAUGCUGGCAUCACAGGAGGAGUCUCGAUUCAGCAACAGCAAGAAGAGCCUCAGGCUGACGUGGCUGAGUUGCCCACGGAAUCUGAGGUCCGGCCGACAGAGCCUGCUGUGGAGGACGAGAUUCACAAGGAACCUGAACACGCUUCAGAAGCUCAACCUGCAUUGGAGCAAGAGCCCCCGAUUGAUACUUCCAUUCUGGAGCCUAUACCCGACCCAGAAGUUCAGGUUGAGCCUACGCAACCCAAUGAAGAGCUCGUCGUCAGCGACGAACUUCCUCUUUCACGCAAGGCCUCGAAGAAGAAGGCCAAAAAGGCCCAAAAGGUCAACAAAUCCCUGCAUACUGAGACACUGGCUGAAAACGCAAUCGAUGCGGAUCAGCAUGCUACCAUUGUGCCGUUUGAAGAGGACCAAUCCAAGGCACAGGACCUAGAAGUACCAGACGAAAAGUCGGCCCAUAACGAAGAAGACUGGCCAGCAAUUGAUUGGCAGUCCAAGUUUGAAGAAUCCCAGCGAUUAAGGGAAGCGGACCCUGAACAUGAGCCGGACAUUCCACCUCCAGAGCCGGAGAUUAUCGGAGAAUUUGUUGAUACUUCCUUCCCCGAAGUUCCACAAGAUGCAAACGAAGCUGCGGAGGAAGAUGCUCUGGCUUUGCCAGCGAUCAAAAAAGAGAAGGCCAACAAGAACAAGAAGCAGUCACAGCAACCUGCUCCGGAAGCCGAGGGGCCUUCACUGGAACCCUUCAACGAAAAAGAGAUCGAGCCACCUGCCCGAACAACUACCCCCGGUGGAUCUAAGAUUGCCAACUUAUUUCCCGGCCUCGAGCGUGGGGGCUUCCGGCGAUCAGCUUUGGACCAGCGAACACCGUCGCUAAAAGAUAGUGCUGAGGAGGAGACAACAGCGGACUUGGAAGCGAAUCGCGAUGUCGCGAUCCCUGUCUCGGAAGCACCCCUAGCGACCACUGAAACCAAAGAAAUUGCCGAUGAUUUCACCUCGGAGCUGCCCAGCUGCCUCGAAAGACAAAUUGAGUCUACAAUCUCGGAGCUGAAAGCUCACUCCGAAACUCCUACUGCUACAGAGGAUGGAUCAAUCAGAGAGCCAGAACUUCCGACGUAUGGCGAAAAAUCUAUGGAUGCGCCAUUGUCAUUGUCAAUGGAGCCCUCCGAUGAGCGGACUCGUACCACUGAACCUUCUUCUCCUACGCGCCUUCCACCCCAGGCGGAAACUGGAAAUGAACUGUGUGAAUUACGUCGAUCACCAUCAAUCCAUGGAGAGCACCAGCACACACCCAGAACCUGGAGCUUGGAAGAACCAUCUCUACAAGCUCUUCGUGCCCCUUCCCCUCCUCGGUCGCUCUUCGGAGGACCGACCGACGAUUAUGUGCGACCCCGGACUCCGCUUGAUACAAUCGCGGAACAAGAACCACGGGAUGGCCAGGGACCGACCAUGGCUCGUCGCGGGACGCCCCGCCUGGAGAUGAAGCCCGAACAUGUCCUACCUCGACCUCAGACACCCGUCCGGAAAUUUACAGACAAUGCCUUUGACCGAGAAUCUUGGCCUAAAGAGGACAAAAAAGGCGAGGGUUUUAAAUCCGAGAUUCUAAAAACGCCUGAGCAAGGGAUGCCAAUUCUGAAGCCCAGCACCAGCAGCGGAAAAUUACGUCGUGCAAAUCGCAGUAUUAGUGGCGAUCUGCGGGCGGCUAGUCGAGCGCUAGAUUCCCAGCCUUCGAAUCUCGAUCUCGAUCAGCUCCCGUCUUCCUCCUCUUACGACCCCGUCACCGACAAGGGCAAACGUCCGGUGCGAAAUAUGUCGGAUGUCUAUGAGGGAUGGGGCGAGACGCCCAGUUCCCCGCGGUCGCCCAGCCGACCGCCUAGUGUCCGCCGCCGUCGCAGCAUGCAACAUUUGCAAGAUAUCGAAACCCGUCUCGACCAGCUCAUCUCUGAAAAUCGUCUACUGAUCGCCGCCCGCGAUGAAGCCGAAGAUAAGCUUCGGAAUACCAGUGUCGCUCGUCGCAAGAGCGACCGUGCGCUCAACACCCGCGACGGCGAUCUGCGCGAUCGGGAAUCGGAGGUGGAACAACUGAAGAACUCGGUGGAAUGGCUGCAGAAGGAGAUAACUCGUCUGACCCAAGAGAACGAGGGGCUCACCGCAUCUAACUCUGCUCUCGCCGCCGCCCACGAAGCCGAGGUCAACUCCGUACGCGAGUCGUCCACACGCGAACUUGCCGACUUGCAGUUGCAACAUACUCAACUCUCGUCCCAGAUGGAGGAUCGAGUUCGACAAGAGAUUGAGUCGUCUCUUGCACAAAAAGACAUUGAAUUGCGCCGUCUGCGCACCGAACUUGAGGAGGCUCGUGAUAAGGUGAAGGAGCUCCAACAACAAAUUGCGGCCUCGGUACAUGACAACGCCCUUGUCUUCCGCGAUGAAGAGUACUUCGAUGCUGCCUGCCAGAAGCUGUGUGGCCAUGUCCAAUCUUGGGUCGUGCGCUUCUCUAAGCACAAUGAUAAACGGCGCUGCCGCCCACUCAGUGAACUGCAGGACGAAAAAAUCGCAGACCGUUUCGACAAUGCUCUCCUUGACGGCUCCGAUCCGGAUGCCUACCUCUCUGAUCGUGUCCGCCGCCGCGAUGUCUUCAUGUCGGUGGUCAUGACAAUGGUCUGGGAAUACAUCUUCACCCGUUAUCUCUUCGGCAUGGACCGGGAGCAACGUCAAAAACUCAAGUCUCUUGAGAAACAAUUGGGCGAGGUUGGCCCAACCCGUGCUGUGCAUCGCUGGCGAGCCACCACUCUCACACUGCUGUCCCGGCGACCAGCCUUUGCUGCGCAACGUGAGAGCGAUACAGAGGCUGUUACUCUGGAGAUCUUCCAAACCCUAUCGCGGAUCCUCCCUCCUCCGUCUCAUGUUGAAUCCCAGCUCCUAGAUAACCUCCGCAAGAUCAUGCGGGUAGCAGUCAACCUAUCCUUGGAGAUGCGCACCCAGCUGGCUGAAUUUAUCAUGCUGCCACCUCUACAGCCUGAAUAUGAUACGAAUGGCGAUCUUGCACGCCAAGUGUACUUCAACGCAGCCCUGAUGAACGAGCGCAGUGGUCUGACAAACGACAACGCCGAGCUCGAAGCCCAGCAGUCCAUUGUGCGCAUUGUGCUCUUCCCUCUUGUUGUCAAAAAGGGCAAUGAUGUGGGUGAGGGUGAUGACGAGGUUGUCGUCUGCCCUGCCCAGGUCCUCAUUGCCCGCCCCAGCAAAGACAAGAAAGUAUCAAGGAUGAUGAGCGGCGAUCGCAUGUCCAUCGAUGCUUCCAGGUCGGUCCACAGCAUUGCUCAAAGUAUUGCCCACAGUGUGGCACCGUCAUCUAUGAUGGACAUGAGCAAUGUGAUCUGA